AUGGCUCAUUCGGAUCAGAUCUUAGCACUAAAGAAAAAGCGUACGUCGAUAAAGGCUGCGUGUACCCGAAUAAAAACAUACGCGGAUUCGGUGACUCAAUUGACGCCGGAAACGGUAGCAAAUUUAGAGGAAAGAAAAGAUAAAUUAGCUAGCUAUUGGAAGGAGUAUAAUGACUGGCAAUCUGAGAUAGAGGCAAUCUGCGACGGUGAGGAAGGAGAUCGCGAGGCGUUUGAAGAAAUGUUUUUCGGAUUGAUGGCAGCGUUGCGCUGCAAGAUUGCGGGAUAUAAUCGCGUGCCUUCCAAUAGCCGCUCCGCAGUGUCUACCCCGGUAUCCGUCGGCGAGUCGGGCACCUCUGCAUGCGGAGUGCGAUUACCGAAAUUAGAUCUACCAAAAUUCGCGGGAAAAUACGAGGAUUGGUUUCCUUUUUAUGAAAUGUUUAACUCCAUAAUAAAUGAUAAUCCGUCCUUGAGCGGCUUCCAAAAAUUUCAAUAUUUGAGAGCAUCUAUGACAGGCGAGGCAGCAAUUAUAAUUCAAUCGCUGGAAUUGACUGAUUCAAAUUAUCAAGUAGCUUGGGAUUUAUUAAAACAGAGAUAUGAUAACAAACGCGCUAUAGUGCAUACGCAUCUACGCGCCCUGUUCGAGCUGCCGAAUAUCGCGAAAGAAAAUGCUGUUGAGCUGCGUAGGGUGGCGGACAAUGCCGCGAAACACAUACAAGCAUUGAAGGCACUGCAUUGCCCCACGGAGCAUUGGGACACGCUGCUUAUAUACUUAGUUUCGUCUAAAUUCGAUCCGAUUACUGAUAGAGAGUGGCGGGCGUCGUUGACCGGAACAGAGUUACCCGCGUUCAAGCAGCUCUCGGAAUUUUUGGAGCACAGAUGCAAUUUGCUAGAAUCGUUGAAUCGCGGAAAUUUACAAACUCAGCCCGCCGGAAAGCGUUUGGCAGCUCACGUCGCGACUGCCUCUUUGUCGUGUGGAUAUUGCCAGGGAAAACAUCUCAUUUAUUAUUGUCGUGAGUUUAUUAAACUGCCGGUCGCUCGACGAAUCGCGGAAAUACGGAAGCGCAAGCUAUGCGCAAAUUGUCUUCGCGGGGGCAAUCAUUAUGCCGCAAAAUGUAAAAUGGGCGCGUGUAAAACAUGCGAAGCCAAACAUAAUUCGAUGCUUCAUCUUCAGGCGGAUUCGAGCGACAUUACUGAAAAGGGAAAGGCCGAAGAUGAGCCGUCUCCGGAGACGAUAAAAGAAAAAAUAGUUAUGACUCAGGUGUCUUCGCAUGCUACUGGAACGAGACAAUCAUGUCGGGUUUUGCUGGACAGCGGCUCGCAAGCGAAUUUUAUAACGCAAGAUUGCGUCGAGAGAUUAAACUUAAAGCCAUCGACGGGUAGUGUUAGAAUCACCGGAAUAAAUGGCAUGACAAGCGACGCCAACGAGAUCGUGAAAGUAAAAUUACAUUCGCGUUUGAGCGGCUUCUGCGCGAGUUUGGAGUGCGUUUUGACGAACCGCAUAACCGAUCGGAUACCUGCGGCACCUAUUAAUCGAGAAAGGAUACAUAUACCUAAUGGGAUUAAAUUAACUGAUCCGGAAUUUCAUAAAUGCUCCGAUAUCGAUAUAUUGAUAGGCGCCGAUAUAUUUUGGCAGCUGCUUUGUGUGGGGAGAUUGAAGUGUUCCCGAUCGCAUCCCACGCUACAAAAAACGCUUUUCGGAUGGAUUGUCGCCGGCCGUGUAGAGGUCACUGCUCGUGACGCCCGCGGGCGCGAGGUGAGAGCGUUUCACAUUUCGGUGGCGGAUGCCGCCUUGCAAAAUCAAUUAGCCAAAUUCUGGCAGAUCGAGAAAGAUUUUCGGCCGUCGGAUUUGUACACUAGCGCGGAGCGUUUUUGCGAGAGACACUUUCUCGAUAAUACUAAGAGAAAUGAAGAGGGUCGGAUAAUAGUCACGCUUCCGAUUAUUAAACAGAAAUUAGAGAAUCUCGGGGAAACGCGAGACAUAGCAAUGCGGCGUUUUUGCGGGCUGGAAAGACGGCUGAAUCGCGAUCCGGGAUUAAAAUCGCAAUACGCGGCAUUUAUGCGCGAGUACUUGGCCCUUGGGCAUAUGAAAUUAGUAAGGGAGGAAAAUGACAAAGACAAGGGAUUGCCGACGUACUAUUUGCCGCAUCAUUACAUCGCCAAGAUGUACCGGCAGAUAUUGGUCGAUCCGCAGCAGACGCGACUGCAGCGUGUUCUGUGGCGAGAUGAGGCCACCAAGAGCGUGCGAACAUACGAAUUAAUAACGUUGACAUACGGUACAGCGGCCGCGUCAUAUUUAGCUACUAGAGCGCUGCAAUUUUUGGCCGAGAUGUACGCGGAGGAAUUUCCCGCGGGAUCCCGGCGAGUGAAACGCGAUUUUUACGUUGAUGACCUGCUAACGAGAGCGGACACAAUCGAGGAAGCAUUAGCGUUGAAAAACCAGAUCGUAAAGAUUCUGAACCGCGGCGGAUUUCAACUGAGCAAGUGGCAUUCAAACGAAUCAGUAUUGAUAAAUGAUAUGUAUGAUAAACAUAACGCCGAGGUUCAAAUUGAUAGAGACGCGACGUCACGCAUUCUCGGAAUUCUUUGGAAUCCGUCGAUGGAUGCCUUUCGGUUCGCGAUUGAAUUGCCGACUGACUCACACAAGAUAACGAAGCGCGUAAUAUUGUCGGAGAUAUCAAGAUUAUUUGACCCGUUGGGAUUAAUCGGUCCGGUUAUUAUCAUACCAAAAAUGCUGUUACAGGAGAUUUGGCAAUUAAAAAUACAGUGGGAUGAAUCGAUUCCGCUGGAUAUGCAUGCAAGGUUUAUAGGGGGAAAUCAAGAGGGGGCUUGCGUUCAGAUACACGGGUUUUGUGACGCCAGCCAGCGGGCGUAUGGCGCGUGUUUGUAUAUUCGAAGACAAGUAGAUGAGAACAAAGUGCAGAUUGAUCUGUUGUGCUCUAAAACAAGAGUAGCCCCACUCAGAGUGAUUUCGAUUCCGCGACUCGAGCUUUGCGCGGCAUUAUUGCUGGCACAAUUGUUGGACAAAGUGCGUUCAUCUAUUGACAUAAAGGACGUGCGGUAUACUUUGUGGUCGGAUUCCACGAUCGCGCUGAGAUGGAUUUCGUCGUGCUCGAGAAAAUGGUCGGUUUUUGUGUCAAAUCGCGUUGGAGAAAUACAGCGGUUAACUUCCGGUUUGGAUUGGCGGCACGUGCCGACAACCGAAAAUCCUGCGGAUUUGCUAUCUCGGGGCGUCCACCCGCAUGACAUCGGGAAUGCCGCGCUCUGGUGGCGAGGUCCCGUGUUCUUAAAGAGCAGCGAGGAGUCGUGGCCAAGCGUUGGCGAAUAUGUCCCGGAGUCCGAGAUGCCGGAGAGGCGGCGGAUAGUUGCUGCUGUCGCUGGCGUGGUGGCACCGAACCCUUUUUCGGAGCUUAUAGUUAGAUGUUCGAGUCUAGAUAAAUUGUGCCGAAUUGUUGCAUAUUGCAGGCGAUUUAUUGGACCGCGUCUGCGAUCCGAGGGAGACGUGGGCGUUCACGUCUCGCACGUGGAAAUCUCGGCCGCAUUGGAAAACAUUUGCAAGCUGGUGCAAGGGGAAGUUUUUUCACACGAGUUCGGGCAAUUAAAGAAGGGAAACGCUCUCACUUCCGCUAACUCAUUAAAAUCAUUAUCGCCGUUCUUGGAUAAACAGGGUCUGAUUCGCGUCGGUGGGAGGCUCGAAAAAUCACAAUUAGGGUACGAUGCCCGCCACCCAAUUUUGCUCCCAAAGAAUCAUCGGCUCACUCAGCUCGUAAUAAAGAAAGAACAUACACGCAAUUUGCACGCUGGAUUACAAGGCACUAUGGCUGCGGUGCGACAAAAAUUUUGGCUUCUCUCGGUUCGCUCGACCACACGAAAGGUUAUUAGACAGUGCCUCGUUUGUUUUAGAUGCAGGCCGGCGAUAUCGGAAGCGAAAAUAGCGGUGUUACCUGCGCCCCGUGUGACACCUUCGCGGCCGUUCUCUAAUUGCGGCAUCGAUUACGCGGGGCCUCUCAUUAUAAGAGAAGGCAAGCGGCGAAAUGCUCGAAAUAGUAAGGCUUAUGUUUGUAUAUUUGUGUGCUUCGCUACGAAAGCAGUACACAUUGAAGUAGUCAGUGACUUGACGACGGACGCUUUUCUAGCGGCCUUAAAGCGUUUCAUUUCUCGGCGGGGGUGCCCGACUUCUAUAUUUUCCGAUAAUGGAACUAAUUUUAAGGGGGCCUCGCGCCAAUUGGCACAGUUGUACGCGUUUCGUGGCGCGUCAUCAACCAAAGAAAAAAUAGAACAGUUUUGUCGCGACUCCAGAAUAUCAUGGCGUUUUAUUCCACCUGGAGCGCCGCACUUUGGCGGGCUCUGGGAGUCCGCGGUAAAAUCUGCGAAAUAUCACCUACAGCGUGUUGCGGGCGACUCACACCUGACUUUCGAGGAGUUGCAGACAACGUUGUGCAAAAUAGAGGCUGUAUUAAAUUCGCGUCCGUUGACGCCGCUGAGCUCUGAUCCUAAUGAUUUAGCCUAUCUUACGCCGGGGCAUUUUCUGGUUGGCGAGGUAUUGAGUGAUUUUCCAUGCCAUGACCUUACUGAUAUUAAGGAAGGUCGAUUGAUGCGAUGGCAGAGAGUCGAGCAGCUCCGCCAGCAUUUUUGGAGUCGUUGGAGCCGCGAAUACUUAAAUCAAUUGCAGCAGCGGCAGAAAUGGACUAGCAACAAGGGAGAGCAGAUGGGCGUUGGCAAGAUGGUGCUAGUCAUGCAACCGGGCCUUCCGCCUCUGCAGUGGGCGCUUGGCCGCGUGAAGGAAAUUCAUCCUGGAACUGAUGGCAUCGCCCGUACAGCCACAAUAAUCACGGCCAAGGGAUCAUUUGUCAGGCCUCUUUCAAAAUUAUCAAUUUUGCCUCUAGAAGAUUAG